AAAACUACAAAUUGAAGAUUCAACGGAAACCGAUUAAGUGCAAACGUUUACGAAACAUGCAAAUUAUGUUGCGAACAAUUUUAUGUGUUUUAUUGAAAGGCUUAUUGCUGACAAAGGCAAUUAUCACUUUUAUACCGAAGGGUUGUACCCCUUCAAAGAGUCUCCAGGAAGAUAGUGUUUCCAAGUAUCCGGAUUUUAAUUUCGCAGAAAGCAGUUUGAGCAAGCCAACAUCUCUCAGAGCAUUUGUACAAUUCGACAGUCAAUUCACAGAAAAAAUUAACGACAUUUUUGUGACAUUGAGAUGGAACCAACCUAAAUUACCCGAUAAAAUAAUACAAGGGUACCAAGUGCAGUGUUCUUUCUUCGAAAACUUUAAAGAAACCUGCGACAAUAAAAAUAUCACAACUACAAAAUUGGAGCACACGGUGCACAAUCUAACAUCUAACAUGACAUAUUAUUUUCGAGUACGUGCUACUAUUCGAGUACAUACUAAAAUUUAUGUUGGUCCUUACACGGAUUUAAUCAAUGUGUCGACUACACAUGAAAAUACAAUACCUAAAUUAUUACUCACAACGAAUCAAAGUAUCCAAAUAUUCGACGUGGAUUUAAAUAGUACUAGUACUUUUGUUAUGUCAGAAUCAAUAACGGCUAUCGAUUAUUCCAUACAAGAAAAUAGAAUUUAUUGGUUAACACGAGCAGACCUAAUGACUUGGAAGGUUAAUGAAAAUAAUAUCACAAAAAUAGCUAGCUUUGAUAGUAAUCUAUAUCAUCUCUGCAUUGACUGGAUAACAAGAAAUCUAUAUUUUACACUUCGAGAGUCAGGCUACUCUUAUAUUGUAAAGUUCGACUUAACAAUAUGGGAAAAUAUGGGUAUGAUUAAAUUUGAUAAGAUUUGGAAAUCAGAAUUUGAUUAUUACGGUAUAUAUCUAUUACCGUCUAUGCGAAUUUUAUAUUUACUAUCAUACAAUUUGAUGAAUAAUGUAUAUGAUAUGAUUCAAUAUGAUCUUGAUGGAAAAAAUCAGCAAAUUCUUCAUAUAAAUUCAUCCUUUUGCCUAUUUAAUCGUAUGGAUUAUUAUAUUUAUAUGUUUGAUUAUAUGAAUAAUAAGGAGCCGUUAAUAUACUGGAUAAAUACUGAUCACGUAGUUGUGACAGACAUUAACAUUUCUAUGUGCAAUAAUAUUUUACACAAGAACAACAUAAAUGAUAUCACCGGAUUCCAAUCUAUGGCGAUUGACAAAACAAAUAUUUACAUUUUAGCAAAUAAAUUAGUUUAUGAAGCUCGCUAUAUAUACUAUAUGUACGUUUUGAAAAAGAAGUAUGCAAGUCUCAAGAGCGUAAAUGCAACCGAAUAUGUUAAAGAGAUAAAAUUAUUUGAAAAUUUACGCCUUUAUGGAAUGCGCGCUUUUGAUAAAUCUUUACAACCAUAUCCUCCAAUGAGAUGCCUGACACCUGACAAAAAUGUUUAUAAUUUUAAGAAUGUGACUGUCACGACAUCAAACAGGAUCAUUGUAAAUCUUCCAAAACCGAUUGUAAAGAGUGGAUGCAAAAAGUAUAAUUUACCAACUACUAUAUAUACUAUCUUCGUAAGCUGUUUAAACAAUAAUCUCAACAAGUCUGAGAAAUUCAAUGUACAGACGUACAAGCGAUAUUACGAAAUUCAGAACUUAAUACCAUUUACAGAGUACAAGUUGAAGUUUACUUUAAGCAAUUUUUACUUUGAUCAAUUAUCAAUAAAUCCAUUCGAAUCGAAAGUGAUACCAAUAAAAACUAAUUCGAGCAAACUUAAUGCACCAGAAAACAUAAGUGUUCUAGGUUUGACGCCUACUAUAGCAGUAGUUCAUUGGAUGCCACUCAAGAAAGUGUACUGCGCGGCCGUGACCUACGAAGUGCAUUGGGAGUCUGUUACAUUAGUGAACGGCACACAACAAAAGGCACACAACAAACAAUUUAUCAAUAUGCCGAAACGUAUGGCAGAUGGAAGAUUUUUCACAAAGAUUAACUUGUCGCUUUCAGUAGAAGAUUACUUAAUAUACAUGCGUGUAUAUCCAAGUAAUUUCAGCAAUUUCUACAACGAGAGUUUAAGCGAGUUCAAUCAAAUAUACUCAGAACCAAAUAACAUUACUUUGAGUGAGGCCAACAUAAAUAGCAUGAACAUUUCAUGGAUUUCAAACAUUAAUCUGAUGGUUUUUCCUACACUAGAGUACAAAGUCAUUGUAACAGAAAAAUGGCAAACAAUGAAUUAUACUAAAAUGAAUUAUAACAAAGAAAUAAUAUAUCAUGUCGAAAAUUUACAAUCAGAAACUUUAUACAAGUUUCGCUUGAUAUUGAGAUACCCCGAAUAUGAGGAAAAUUUUAUAUGGCCGGCUGAUGAAAGAUUUAUUUUUUCAACACGUGGUACCAAUCGUGAUGAUAUUUCGAAUACUCCUGGAAUAACAGAAACAAAAUAUUAUAAAUAUUAUCUACCAUUGAUGUUAAGUUUUAUCGUUAUAGUUACUAUAAUCUGCGUCUACUGCUUUUAUUGUUUGUAUCGUCAACGCAGAGGUCAUAAUGAACAAUUUUUGUCUUCAACAAUGAACGAUACAGAAUUGGCGAUUCUACAUGAAGUACCUUGCCGAAACAUUCAAUUUAAUAUGAUUUACAGUACUAUGUUACAUUAUAACCCAGAUAAAUGUGGGGUAACUGGAGUCGCACGUAAACAAAUUACAUUUACAAAACUUCUUGGUAGCGGCGCAUUCGGAAAGGUGUUUCAAGGAAAUGUAAAGAACUUAGAAAAAUCGGGCACAGAAAUACCCGUUGCAAUAAAAAUGAUUCGGAAAGACGCUUCUUCCCAUGAAAAAAAGAAAUUUUUAAAGGAAGCCGAGCUUAUGAAUCAAUUUCGACACAAACAUAUAUUAAGAUUGUUGGCCGUUUGUUUAGAAGGGGAUUCUCCGUUACUAGUGUUGGAAUUGAUGAAAACUGAUCUGUUAAAAUAUUUGAGAGAUUGUCGAAAUUUGCAAGCAUCAGAUUCGCCUGCUCUGCGUUUGCAGGAUUUGCUCGCUAUGUGCGAAGAUGUUGCGCGAGGUUGUUGCUACUUGGAAGAGUUACGUUUUGUACACAGAGAUCUAGCGUGUCGCAAUUGUUUAGUAUCUUCGAGAAAUCGCGAGAAUCGUGUCAUAAAAAUUGGAGAUUUUGGACUGGCUAGAGAUAUCUACAAGGAUGAUUAUUAUCGCGUGAAAGGAGAAGGUUUGUUUCCUAUUCGCUGGAUGGCACCCGAAUCUUUGAUGAUGGGAUUAUUUACUUCUCAAAGCGAUGUUUGGUCAUUUGGGGUACUAAUGUGGGAAAUUACAUCGUUGGGUGAGCAACCUUAUAUUGCCAAGACUGACGAAGGAGUGAUAAAUUAUGUACGUGCUGGAGGCAAGUUGUCGAUGACUCUUAACUGUCCGCCAACGUUGUACCAAUUGAUGAUGCGUUGCUGGAGUACAGCGGAUGCCAGACCAAAUUUUAAACAUUGUCUGAAAAAUAUUAUAGCAUUAAGAGAGAACAUGGAAGAUGCCUUACUGAGUCCAGUCGAUAUUAUUUAG